GGCUCUCUUAAAUGAAUCAUGUAUGCAGUUGUACAUUUUGUGGAUGAUGAAAGCGUAGAAUGUGUCCCAAAGUCAUGGCUGGAAGGGCAAUACUGCUAUUGGCCAUCCUCUAAUGCAAAGAGAAAAAUACAGAAAAUGUCCCUGCCAGACAAAGACAACUGGCAAAAAUAUAGAUAUAGGAAAAUUGGUCAAGAUUAUGAGGACUAUGAAACAGCCAGAAAGAACCUGAAAAAAGCAGAGGAAACAUCAAACCUGGAAAGUGAGGAGGAUUCGCGGAAGAGGAAGCAACCAUGAAGAUUAAUAAGCGAGUCAGAAAGUGGAACAGAUAUUGAAAGUGACAUAGAAGGUAGAAUGCCGUCUCCCCCAAAGACGAAAUUUUCACAGAGAGAGAAUCAUAAAAGACAUAUAACACCUGUGAAGAAAGCAUCAAUAACAUCAUUACAAGAUAGUUCACCACUCUCUCCAUCACCACCACCACCAUCUUUGCCAGCUAGGAAACAUGACCUAGCCACAACUUCAGUAAAGAGACAGUUGCUAAGUACAAGUACAGCAGUUCGUAGGUCUCCAAGGUCAAAAACAGGAGUUUCAAGCUUCAGCACUGAGAAAUCUCCACUGAGAGUUACAAGUACUCCAUCAGCAUCUUCAGCUGGAGCAACUAGUGAUACUGGAACAUCUGCGACAAAGAAAUCGGGAGGAAACAUUUCUGAGUUAAUCAAUCAAGUUAUUUCCAAGAUAGAUAUUCUACAGAAGGACAUAUCUGCCAUCAAAAGUCAUUUAGUGUCUUCUGUGGAUGUUGAUUUUGACACCAUUGAAAGCUUGCUACCAUCAGGAAGUAAGCUUAAUUCUGUCAGAGAGGUAGAAGACUUUCAGGAAACAUUAGAUGACAGUUCUAAGAGGAAACUGGUAAGGAAUAAAUGCAUUGUUUUAGAUAAAUUGCAAGGUGGAGAUAAUGCCGGGGAAAUAUGCAGGGCAAUAAUGCGGUCUGUGAUGACAAACAACUGCAUGAGCCAGUAUAGUGGGACCGGACAGAAAGGGAAAAUUGCCUUCAUCGGCACACUCCUGUACAAAAUCAUCCUUUCUGCUGCUCGCAAAGCAUCAAAAAAGACAAUCCAAUUUGAGACGAUCAAAAGAGAGGUUUUAGAUGUCUUACGGUUUGCGCCUUACCUUCCAGGAGGCAGUAAUUAUUCUAAAAGGAAAGGAAAGAAGUCAAAAAGUCCCAGUGUAGAGGAGUUCCCUACAGACUCCGAAUAA